AUGGACCACAAUCCAGCGCAUCGAAGCCCUCAGCAUGGAGCCAUAGCUGCCAUGGGCCCGCGCAGAGCCACUAGAGGGAGGAGUUGCAAUCGUUUCAGCAAAUUGUACAUUAUUCCAUGCCUUCUGAUGGUGAACUUGUUGACCAAGACACUGAGCGAGCACCAGCCAGCAUCAACAUCUUCCACCAUGACAAAAGCACGAAUGGUGCAUGAUAUUCUUGAUCACAAGUCCACUAGACGGCGAUCGUCUUCACUCAGGGAUCAUUACUUCGCGAAACCCUACUCUUCAGCCGAGAAUGACUUUGUCCACCCAAGGCAGAGCAUGAGUGUCUAUGCAUUUGCUAGCGCUCCAUAUGUCCGGAAGAAUGCCGGAGAGGAACUGCAUGCUUCAAUGUCUCAAGAUGCUUUGCAGCCUGCACAAAGAUCGAAGAUCUUCAGUAAUGGAUUUCUUGGUCUUUUCGGGGGCAACAACGAUUCGAAUGCAAAGCUUGCACCCGCACCUGCUUCCGACAAAUCAGCAGAAGCUCAAGAUGAGGACCAACUGACACGUCAGCCUGUACAGGAGGAGAAGAUUUCUGAGGACGGUCACGAACAGGUUGGAUUCCCGGAUCCCGCAAGCGAAGUUGCCCCAACGAGACCAUUGCGAGCAUCGCCACCCGAAGACCCGGCGUGCACUCCUGAAGCUAUUGUACAGAACUUAGAUCAGUUGAAGGACGGAGAGCCUGAUCUGGACUUCGAACAGAAAGGUGAACUUGAUGUUGUUGAGAAUCAAGAUUAUUCAGCAAUCCAAAAUUUCCCGCCUGCGGAAGACCUGGUUGCGACUGUACGAGACCUGUGUCAGAAUGGCAAGAGCGAAGAAGCCCUUGAGCUCGUGCGAACAGACUUGAGAAACGUGAGCCAGCCGCAAUGCUCUGAUAUCAUGCUUGCCUUCGCUGACAUUGGAAGGUCUGAUUGUGCACAAGCUGUCCUCCUGCACAUGCAAAUGUUGGGAGUGGAGACUGGAGCUUCGCUGGACACUGAGACUUACAACGGGCUCAUGCUUGCAUACGCUAGAGAUGCUGCCACUGCAGAUUCCGACGGGCUGGAGCAGACGUUUGCAGUCCUGGAGCUCAUGACGCGUGCACAAGUGGCGCCUGACAUAACAACCUAUAACCGGCUCAUGGAGGCUUGUUCCGCCGCAGCCGAGAGUGUUGACCCAUACCAGAAGGGACUUCAGGUGUUGGACAUGAUGCGUGAGAGCAAAGUGAAGCCGGACGUGAACACAUUCAAUACUAUGCUGGAAGCCUGCGGUAAGAGAGGAUGGUCAAAGAACACCGGCGAUGGAUUGAGACUGGGUGCAUUGAUUAUCGAGAAGAUGACAGAGUAUGAAGUGCCCCCAACGGUAGACACAUUCAACAUCUUGAUGUAUGGUAUCGCGUGGGCCGCUGGUGCUGGAGAUGGUUGGGUUGGCGUAGAGAAAGGACUUGAGUUCUUGGUUCUGAUGGCAGAAAAGAAGAUCAUGCCGGAUGUAAUCACCUUCAACAACCUUAUCGCCGCAUGUGCUCAAGCUGCCGGGUCUGCAGGUGGCGCGCUAGCGAGGGAGCAAGCCUUCAAGAUGUUGUGGAUCAUGCAUGAACUAGGAUUGGAUCCGGACAAGGGGACCUGUGACACUCUGAUUGCAACUUGUGCAAAGACAGCAGCAGCAGGUGACAUGGAGGGUAUCUACUUUGGUGUGGCCGUUCUUGAGCUUGUCCACGAUUGGAAGCUUUCGCCUGAUCCGAACAUGUACAACGCGCUGUUGAACGUUUGCCUCCGUUCUGCUGAGGCAGGUGACUUGUCAAGACCUUUCGGGUGGAAUCACGUUCGAUGGAUCGCUCAUUUGCUAUCCUUGAUGAACAGCUUUGGCCCUGACAUGAAUCCUCAGAUCAGGAUGAUCUUCGACAACAUGACUAGUCUCUGUGUGAGAAAAGCUGCAGCCUUGGAGAAGCGGAGCAAGCGACAAGGCAUCAACGAAGCCAAGGACGAAGAUGGAGAGAGAUUCAGUGCAGGAGGCAUCAGGCUGGAGGCUGUGGGAGACGAUGAUCAUGUUUUCUGGUACUCGAGAGAUCUGUGGCCACGAAAAUCAGCACAGUCGUCAGAGAGCGGGCUUGUUCAUGACAAAGCAGCGGGGGAAACUAACUUUGAGAAGCUGAAGCUUCUAGCCACCGACCAGAUCAAAAAUCUUCGCUCCCGGUACCUCGAGCAGGCCAUGUCUCCAGCUCCGGCCGAUCGGCAUACUGCUGUUACAGAUGAGGGAGGAGAGGCUCAUGUGAAAGAUCUCGAGAUCUGUUUGGAGACGAAUGAGGGGGAGGAACAACAAAUGUUUGAUGACAUUCCUAUGUUGCCUGGUGAAGAUGAUGGAGAUGUUGAGGAGCAAAGGGAUGACGGAGAUGGCAUUACCGAUAAGCAGAACGUUGAUAUUGUUUACGAGGAACAGGAGGAGGAAGCUCAAGAAAGAAACGUGGAACAUCCUGAAGAGAUUUGUACAGCAGCUGAGGUAGAGACACCAAAUGGUCAUAUGCGGCAGGAAUAUCAAGAAUCAGCUGAGAUAGAAUCGGAGGGCAUGCGACAGGAGCAGAAUGUUAGGGAUGAGAGAGCUGAAAGGGAUUUAACGGAGGAAAUUGAGAGUCAGAAAGUAGAGGUAAGGCUCAGACAUCCUUCCCCUGAUUGCGACGAGGCGAAUCAUAAGGGGCAGGAGGAGGAGGAGAAAUGUACAGAAUAUCACGAGGGAGGGGAGGGAGCUUUGGAUCGUCGUUUCGCUCCUCAUAAAGUUCACGGGCAAGAGGCGGAAGCGAAGCCGAACAGCCAUGCUAGACCUGCUGGGACCCACGAGUUGGGGGAGGGGUCAGACGGAGUCUCUCUCUGCACUCCUUGGGCAGAGGAAAUCGACGACUCCUGGGAGGAGCGCGGUCAGCAUGAUGUGGAGCAGCAGGCGGAGACAAGACACUCGAGACACCAAGGUCACACCUCUUACACAUUCGACUUGCGUUCGUCUCGAGCGGAUAGAAGCAGCAACACGCGCAAGUCGCAUGGGAAGUGCUCCUCAGCUUCAGUCGCCAUCUCUCCUCGCCCGCCAGCUGUUGAUCCUCUUCACUUCCCCCCGCGCUCUCCUCGCGGCUUGCAGGAGUACAUAGCACAGAUGAUCGACUUCCAGCGGCAUGGACGGGGAAAGAACUCAAAGAGCUUCGCUGACAAUCGCCGGACGAGGGAGGAAAUCAGGCGGAUGGAUGUGGGCCAGGUAUGUAACUGGCUCAAGAGCGUGGGGCUGGCCGAUUGUGCCGAGUACUUCCAAGAGGCCUGCGUAGAUGGAGCAGGCCUUGUUCAGCUGAGAGAGCUGCUGGCGAGGGAGGUUCAGACGUUCUACGACGCUGUCGAGAAGAGGUUGGGAGUGAACAAGUUCGGACUGCGCGACACCCUCUCUUUCUUGGUCUCCCCUCCUCCUGACAGGGUUGUUGUAGGUUCUUCGCCUUGCGGAUUCGCUGCAGUGUCUGUGAGGCCCCUGAAAGAUUUGCCGCAUGUGGACGGAUGGGAGGUAGCACGAGUAGUUAAGGAAGAUACUUCUUGCAUGUCACAGUUCAAGUUCUUGCCAAACUGGCAGUCAGCCGAUUCAGGCUUCAUGCAAAUUGGCAACGUCGCCGUUCCGAAGUUUGUGGCCCAGGAGUCGACUGGGCACCCGCUGAGCCCUCACUGGCAGUGA